AUGACAUCUGAUGAAGGAAUUAAGAGAGGUCGAUCGGGCCUUUCGCUCUACGCCAAUCUCCUUAAUUCGAAAAGCGCCGACGCAGUGCCCGGCACAAUUUCGAGUGCUCCAGUAGUAUACAAGCAGCCCCCGUCAAACGAGACGCAGCCUGAUCUGGGUCCUGCAGAAAAGUCACAGAUAAGUUCUGCCGCUCUACGAUUUCAGCCUACCAAAAGACCGCAGGUCUCCGCUCAAAAAGUCAAGACAAAAGGAACGUCUCAGCGAGCUCCUACCCAGCCUCCGGCAGCUGAGACCUCCGACGCCGCUUUCGAUAUUAGUGGAGCCGCCUUCAAAGUACCUCCAAAGACAAGCUUAGCGGAUUGGACAGCAGAUGGUGAUGAUGACGAUGUCAAUGGAUUCUAUGCUGUUGAAAAGCGGCAGAGAGGAGGCAAGAAAAAGCGAAAAAAGAACAAAGAAGAGGUGCAUGCUGUACAAAAUUGGGAUGACAUCUACGAUCCUUCACGCCCAAACGUCUACGAGGACUACAAGAACAGCGACGAGAAGUUUCUGGAAAUCCGCGAGUGGAAGGAUAGACUAUAUACCCACCGAAUGGCUCGACCUUGGUCGAGUGACAUGAGUAGUGAUGGUGAAUCCGGAGAUACAAGGACGAGAAAUCGCUUUGCGCCUCCUGCUACGCUCUCCUUCGCACCGCCACCGCCCGCUCUUGACCAUUCUCCACCACCACCACCACCUCCUCCUCCUCCUCCACCAAUCGAGCUCAUCCAGCCGUCUGAUGCUGCCACCGGAGAGGAUGCAUACGCAAGACGUCUGCGGCUUGCGCAAUCGGCUGAACACCAGCACCCUUCAGCUCAAGGAAUUUUCCAAUCCACGGCUGCUCCUCCGUCUCCACCAAACGAAAUAGUACUGCUACCUCCUCAUCCGUCGUUCGCAAUUCCCGCAAUUGAGCCCCUUCAAGCGUUUCCACCGGAAGGUGUCGCAACAUCCCAGGCGAAAAUAUCUCGAGCUCCCGUUCGCUAUAAUCUCCCCCUGCCGCCUCCAGAAAUACCCUCGACUGACGCCGAGCUCCAGUAUGCUAUUGACCAUGAAGAUCAAAGACUUGAUGCCGCUCAGGUAGACGAAGAAGACGAGCCUCGCUCCCUACGUCCUGGGCAAAAAGGGUUCGCAGAACGCUUGAUGUCCAAGUACGGAUGGUCUAAGGGCUCUGGUCUAGGAGCCAGUGGGUCAGGUAUCACCGCACCGCUACGCGUGCAGCUUGAUAAGCAAAAGAAGAAGCCUGACUCUGAAGGUGGUGGGCUCGUAGGUCCCGGAGGUACUGGCAAGAUCAUUGGAGGGAAGAGGCAGGGUGGUGGAAAUGCAGGGCAGGAGGGCAAGUUUGGGACAAUGAGUGAGGUGAUCGUUCUGAGAGGGAUGCUUGAAGGUAUGGACAUUGACAAAGAGGUGGGUGACGGUGGCUUGAUGCAGGAGAUAGGCGAAGAGUGUGGUGAGAAGUAUGGUCGCGUAGAACGCGUUUUCAUCGAUCGAAGCAGUCCUAUUCAAGCCCCUGUCUUCGUCAAGUUCACGAGUUCGCUUUCUGCUCUUAGGGCUGUGAACGCUCUUGAGGCCCGGAUCUUUAAUGGGAACACCAUAACGGCGAAAUUUUUCAGUGCCGAAAAAUUUGAGUCUAGCAUCUACACAUGA